AUGGAAGCUCAAGAUCUUCUUCUGACAACAGUUGUCUCGGUGUCCCCACUGAUCAACCCGCUCCCAAGAAACUUUUUACCCGUAUUUGUCAAAUCACCAGCACGCACCACCAGUGCACGUCGCCAAGUAUUAACUUCUGCCACAUCCCUAAAACGGGAGAAAGAUCCCAAAAAACGAGUGGUUGUUACUGGUAUGGGCCUUGUCUCCGUAUUUGGAAACAAUGUUGAUACAUACUACGACAGCCUCUUAGCUGGAGAGAACGGAAUCACAUUAAUCGAUAAAUUUGAUGCUUCAAAGUACCCAAUCCGAAUUGGUGGUCAGAUUCGUGGGUUCAACGUAGAUGGUUAUAUUGAAGCCAAAAAAGAACCGAAACUUGACGAUCAACAAUGGUACUGUAUUGUUGCAGGGAAAAAAGCUCUUGAAGAUGCUUCUCUUGGUGGUGAUGAAAGCUCCAAGAUCAAUAAGGAUCGUGCCGGAAUACUUGUUGGAUCUGGAGUGGGAUGUCCUACCAAAAUUAGUGAUGCUGUGGAGUGUCUGAGGAAUAGAGGUCAUCAGAAAAUGUCACCAUUUUUUGCCCCAUACAUACUACCAAGCAUGGGUCCUGCAUUGCUUGCUAUGGAUCUUGGUUUUAUGGGACCAAACUACUCCAUUUCAGCUGCUUGUGCAACCUCCAACUUCUGCUUCUACGCAGCUGCAAAUCAUAUCCGUGAAGGGAAUGUUGAUUUGAUGAUUGCUGGUGGCGUUGAGGCUUUUCUGGUUCCCCUAGCAGUAGCAGGUUUUUCUGCUAGUGGAGCAUUGUCUAAAAGAAACGACGACCCGAAGACUGCUUCUAGGCCAUGGGACAAAGAUAGAGAUGGUUUCGUUGUGGGUGAAGGUGCCGGUGUUUUGGUGAUGGAGAGUUUGGAACAUGCAAUGAAAAGGGAUGCUCCAAUUCUUGCAGAAUACUUGGGAGGUGCUGUAAAUUGUGAUGCUUAUCAUGUAACGAGUCCACGAUCCGAUGGGCUUUGCGUUUCAUCAUGCAUUCAGAGCUGUCUUGUGGAUGCUGGUGUGUCGGUAGAGGAGGUGAAUUAUAUCAAUGCACAUGCAACUUCCACAGUGAAUGGCGAUCUAGCGGAAAUUAAGGCUCUGAAGAAGGUAUUCAAGAAAACUACAGGGAUCAAGAUGAACGCUACCAAGUCUAUGAUCGGACACGGCUUGGGAGCGGCCGGAGGUCUGGAAGCCAUUGCCACAAUUAAAGCAAUUCAGACAGGAUGGUUGCAUCCCACCAUUAAUCAAUUCAACCAAGAACCGGGGAUAGAAUUCGAUACUGUUGCAAAUCGAAAGCAGGAACACGAAAUCAACGUUGCCAUCUCGAAUUCUUUCGGUAUUGGCGGACACAACUCUGUUGUUGCAUUCUCAGCUUUUAAACCUUGA